GACAGACACAAAGACCGAUCCACCAUCGGCCAUCCAGUGUCGUUUUCAAGCCUCGAUUGAUUCUAGACGUGAUGGCAUCCUAUGGAUUGUUGGACCAAGCGGAAGAAGAUGCUCUUCACAAAUCGCGUCUUCUAAACGUUGAAGAAAAACCCUUCCGUCGGAUAUCGAAACGUCUAUUAACUUCCCAAUCGAUUGUGGUCUCGAAUGCAACACUCCCUCCCACCCCUCCUCCAGAAGAUGCCGACCAAGAGGCAACAACAGCGGCAGAGGCCGAAAAACAGAAAAGGCUUGAGGAAUGGCGCAAUUUUCGCGAAGAUGUGACUCUUGAUUUUGCCGCAUUCGAAGGAAGCAUUGCGCGCAUCCAAUUUCUGCUGACGAGUAACGAGAGGGAACGGGAGCGCUAUGCCGCCGAAAAGCUUCAGAUUCUCUCCACGAUGCAAGCCGUUCGUGAAAACACGUCUGACUUGCGGUCUCAGCUGGAAGAGGCGCAACGACUUCUUGCCCUACGGAAAAGCUACGACGAUCUGGCCGAGAAGAUUACGAGCAACAGGCUUCUCAAGCCUCGCGAAGAUCAGCAGUCGAACCUCCAGAAGUUACGAACAGAAAUCACCGAGUUAGAAAAGGAGAGCAAGGAAUACGCGCAAACUUGGUCCGAAAGGCGAGAGCAGUUUGGCCGUAUUGUGGAAGAAGGAAUGCAGCUUCGACGCCUCAUUCGAGACGAAAAGGAAGAGGUUGAGCGCAGGGAAGGUAUGCAAGAGGAUGCGGAUGCGGAUGACGGCGACGUUCCUUCUAAGGGCAAAUCCAGCGAAGCGAAUACACCACGUCCUGAUGGAGAUAGUGCGACGCCGUCUCAUAGUCAAGAUGAGACCGGUCGAUCGUUCGGGGGUCUGCAGGCAGAGAAGAGCAUCACAGCUGCCGGGGCAGCGUCACCUUUACGGCAGGUCACUACCGCUGAAAAUGAGAAGAAGAUAUCUCCUGAUCAGGAAGACGCUACCAUGGUGGAUGAAGGAGAAGUGACCGAAGGGGAAGAUAACGCAGAACGGCCUGAUCACCUGGAAGAAGGGGAAGAAGUGAACGACAGAAUGGACAUUACAUAGCCAUCGAAUCAUUAUCAAGCAUGGAGUUAGGUUUGGCGGCGUUGGAAUCAUGACACCUCUUUUUAAUUUACAUUAUGUUCUUAUUCUGCAUAUUCAUCAAAUUUGCCUCCUGACACUACAUCACAGGCACAGGGACUUCUCAUGCAAAUCUUUCAUUUUAAGAGAUCUCCCGCUCAGCCGACUUAGCCUUUGCAAUGGCCUCUUUGGCAGCAGUGAUAUGCUCGACGUUGCUUUCGGGGCCCUUCUUGCCCUCCUCAGUC